AAAUGGGAGGGCACACUUGAACCGAGCUGCUCUAUGAAGGUAGGCUGCAGCGUGUGUUUAUUGAUGAGAUGAAAAGAAGAUGGAAGUGAGAAAUGAAACAAAGUAAAGGAACAUAUUAAAAAAAAAAAAAAAAAAAAACUAUACGCGCUUCGUCGGGGGAAAAACACAGGGGGAGCCGUGGAAACGCUGUCGCCACUUUUUGAACGAGCUUCGAAGUACAGAGCAACACAUGAUUUGGACAGAGAGGACUGACAGCCUUGCCUAGCACUCGGCCUCCGAUCAGCCAUCUCCACCAGCAAACUGAAGCUUGACCCGCACUUCAUCACCAGCCACACAAACAUCUUCGGAACAAAACGUCAUCUAACUGUGACAUCAGUUGCAAGGGGAUGACCGAGCGCAUUCAUAACAUCAAUCUCCACAACUUCAGCAAUUCUGUACUUGAGACCCUCAAUGAGCAGCGCAACCGUGGGCACUUCUGUGACGUGACUGUUCGGAUCCAUGGAAGUAUGCUGCGAGCUCACCGGUGCGUGCUGGCCGCUGGAAGCCCAUUCUUUCAGGACAAGCUGCUGUUGGGCUACAGCGACAUUGAGAUCCCUUCUGUGGUCUCGGUGCAAUCCAUCCAAAAGCUGAUUGACUUUAUGUACAGCGGGAUCCUGCGGGUGUCUCAGUCAGAGGCCCUGCAGAUCCUGACUGCUGCCAGCAUCCUACAGAUCAAGACCGUCAUCGAUGAGUGCACCCGCAUCGUGUCCCAGAAUGUGGGCCUGGCCGGGCCGGGGGGCUUCCCUGUUAUACCAGGAGACUCUGGUCAGGACACGCCCCGCGGCACGCCGGAGUCCGGCACCUCUGGGCCCAGCAGCGACGCAGAGUCAGGUUAUAUGCAAGCAACAUCACAAAGCAUGGACCGUGCAUACACAUCACUGUACUCCUACCCUGGCCUCACUCUGCAGAACGGCACCCGCGAGCGUCCCCUGUACAUUAACCCUAUGUCGACAAAUUACGAUCCGACUCUAAGCACUCAGGAGGUCCAGCAAUCUCAAGAUCCGCCCUGGAUGAACCGCAUCCAGGAGAGGUCUCAGCAGGUCGACCGCUUCAUCACCACAUCAGAGUCCACCCACUGCCGCAAGCAGCCCCGACCGGUACGCAUACACACAGGAGGGAUGCACAUAAAGCAGGAGGCCGAAGACGAGCACAGCUGCUACGAGAGUUUGGUGGACUGCCAAGAUGACACUGACCAAACUGAGGGCGUGGAGAGUGAAUCCAAGGUCGAGAGUUUUGACUCAGGGGUGAGCUCCUCCAUCAGCACUGAGCCGGAUGCUAUGGAGCAGCAGCCGUACCUGACGAGUUUUGGCCGAGACGGGGGCGGGGACGGUCAGCAUGGCGACGGAGGUCCGGUGCAUAUAGAGGUCAAUGACUCGUCCCCGGAGCAGGUGCAAGACCCGGAGGACGGGGACACGUCCCACAGCACUAGUGACAGUAGCAUGAUGCAGACCCUGCCAAACUCCGUCAUGUCCCAGUCCCUCUCAAGUGCCCCGCACUACAUGCGCCAGGCAGAAUCACACACCAGCAACCUGAGGAUGCCGCUCACCGUGACCAGCAACUCCCAAGUGAUGGGCACCGCUGGAAGCACCUUCCUGCCCACACUCUUCCCUACACAGCCGAAUAGAGACAAGCCUUUCAUUUACCUUCCUGGCCAGCAGCAGACCCAGUUCGUGGCCGUGCCGCCUCCUGCAAUGCCAUCAUUCCCGAACCCCAUGUCGGUACAGCAAGCGUCCUCGCAGCAGCAACAGGUCAUAGGAGGACUCGGUCCGGGGGAGAAGAAGCCCUAUGAAUGCACUCUCUGCAGUAAAACCUUUACUGCCAAACAGAACUACGUCAAACACAUGUUUGUCCACACUGGUGAGAAGCCUCAUCAGUGCAGCAUCUGCUGGCGCUCGUUCUCCCUGAAGGAUUACUUAAUCAAACACAUGGUGACACACACGGGGGUGCGGGCCUACCAGUGCAGCAUCUGCAACAAGCGCUUCACCCAGAAGAGCUCUCUCAACGUCCACAUGCGGCUGCACCGUGGAGAGAAGUCCUACGAGUGCUACAUCUGCAAGAAGAAGUUCUCACACAAGACCCUGCUGGAGCGGCACAUGGCCCUGCACAGCACGGGCAGCGCCAUCACGGGGCUGUCGGGGAGCGCGGUGACCCCGGGCCCGGUCUCCAUUCCCAUGCCCAUGGCCGUCCCUGAGCCCGGAGCCGGCGUGGUGGCCCUCGCCAUGCCCGUGAGCGGAGGUGCUGGAGUAGGGGCCGGGGUUGGAACAGGAGUGGGUGUAGCUGCAGAAGCGAGCUGCCAAGAAGGGACCACCUACGUGUGCUCCGUCUGCCCUGCCAAGUUCGACCAAAUGGAGCACUUCAAUGACCACAUGCGAAUGCAUGUCUCCGAUGGAUAAGUACUAAUAGAUAAACUUCUUUCAAAAAGAAUGACAAAUAAAAUGGCACUAGAUUUUCCUUUUCUUAUUUUGAGGUAUGAAGAGUAAUGAGUAUAGACACUGGCACAUUAAGUUUCCCAAAAAAAAAUUUUUUUUUUUUUUUUCUUUUCUUCUGUUAUUCUAAAAGAAAAAAAAGAUGGUGGCCUUAAGGCUUAGUAGUUUGAUAUUGAUCUACUGGAUGGAUCCUAACUACAGGCCUCUAAAUGUAUGCUUUCCUAAAAUAUUGAUUUAUGUGUUGAACACUACCGAAAGGCCUACGAAAGAAACACAUACACACAAACACACCUUUAGUGUAGAUACGUCUGAAUGGAUAUACAUGUGCAUACAUGUGUGAGCGUUUGUGUGUUUGCAUGUGUCUGUCUUUCGGUCUGUGUGUGUGCGUGUGUGUGUGUGUGUGUGUGUGUGUGUGUGUGUGUGUGUGUGUGUGUGUGUGUGUGUGUUUGUGUGUGUGUGUGUGUGUGUGUGUGUGUGUGUGUGUGUGUGUGUGUGUGUGUUUGCGUGUGUGUGUGUGUGUGUGUGUGUACAUUGCCAUGACACAUUAAUCAUGGCAGUCGUGAACCCAUACUGACCAGUUUGGAAACUAUAGAUGUCCAAGCUUACUGUGGUAUAAUUAACAACAACAAUAACAAAAAAAAAAUCAUCUGGGUUGGGCUACAUAUUCCCUCUAAAAAAAAAAAAUACUGACGGUCACAAGAUUGCCUUCUUAUGUAAAAUAAAAAAAGGAGAGUAGUUAAUUUGACACUGGGUUUUAUUUAUUCCUAUGGUAUUAAGGGAUUAUAAUGCAGCUGUUGUCAAGGUACCAAUUUCAAUCAUUUUACUGAAAUGUAACUUCCUGUCGGUGGUGACAGGGACGAAUAUUUCUCCUAUGUUUUGUAAUUGUUGUCCAUGCAUUUUGAUGGUUAAGAUUACGUUUACUAAAUUAAGGUGUGUUGAUGAGACAGUAUUUGAGCAAAAAUAUGUUUCUUUUUUUCUGAAGUUUGGAGUUUAACUCAUUUGCAUACACUGCCACUAAUAUCCUAAAAGACUGUUAAGGCUAGUAGACCUCUUCCAUUUCAAAAACAUGAGAAAAAAAGAAAGACUCUUUUGCUGAUGGGUUGUUUUUUUUAAAAAAGCCUUUCACAUUCACAGUUAUGGCAGGCUGGCAUAUGCGACUAAACUCUCUCCUUCAUAAUUGCUGCUCCUCAACUUGCACCUGACUGUUAUGGGAUGUAGAUUUAAAUUGUCACUUUAAUUAUUGUUAUUGAUUAGCCAACAUGGUUGUAAUUUGAUAAUCGGAUUAUAAUAUUUUGGGGGCUUUAGGCUUGUCGUUGAUUGGAACAGUGUUAAAGAGGGAGGGAAUUAAUUUGAGUCAAAUCGGAAAUAAAUGCCAUCCUGAUCCUGAACCCCCUGUAUAACCUAUUCAUUACUAUUGCAAAGCUAUUUCAGCAAGCGGGAGCAAAAUGCAUAACUCUUUAUGAAUUGGCUCUCCUCGCCAGCUCAAAUGGCAUGCAACGUUAUGAAAGGAAAUGCAGUCUCAAAUCAAAAUUGGUAGCUCCUUUGAAAUCACACUGAUUGGUGAUAUACCACAAGUUGCAGAUGGACUUUCUAGACAAAAGUAUACAUUCCUGAUUUUUCUAAAAGAAACCUAGACACAGCAUGUACAGAAUAGAUUUGGAAGCUAGUGUGCAAAAGUUGUCAUCAUGCAUCACAUCACGUAAGGCUCAUUUCUGAUAUUUGACUUGUUUUUUACUGCAUUUUAUUCGAAAUAGGACUUGGACACACACACUCACACACUCACACACACACACACACACACACACACACACACACACACACACACACACACACACACACACACACACACACACACACACACACACACACACAUGCAAAUGCCUGCAACUGCAAUCUGAAGGAUUUGCUCAUUUAUGUGAGCAAACACUUUUCGUAGUUGUAUUGUUAAAAGAAUAACAAACUGAAUACAGUGGUCUUAAAAAAGACCUGCUGUAGAUUUAAAAAAAAAAAAAAACAACAAAGUGCUAUUUUGCACAUUUUCUUAAAAUGCCUGUGCUUAAUAUUUAAUCAUUUUCCUUAAAUGAACUUAUAUGAUUUUCUUUCAUUCAAUUUCAAAGGAAAAAAAAAACAUUUUUUUUAAAAAAUCUUGAUAAGUGGACUGCAUUAUUUUCUUGCAUAUAUGUUGCACUGCUUAAACCAAUAAGUGCACUACUGUUAACAGAGAUAUUAUAGUUUUAGAAAAGAGGAUUUUUUUUUAAUCUAACAUUUGGUUGUAGAGUUCACAUGUAAUAGAAUAGCUUUGUUUCAAUUUAUUCAUUAAGUAAUUCAGCGGUUCUUGGCUUUUGUUAUCGCUUGCAGUUACCUACAGUAUAUCCUUGUGCCGUGUUAAUGCAAGCAUUUAUUUUUAUUUAAAUAUGUACCAUAAUGUGUGCUCAUCUACGUUUUAACCUUUUUGAAUUCAUUCUUUUUAAGGAGUCAGCUCCCUAUAACAGUUGAUCAAUCGCAUUUCUUUAGAAACAGACAGACUUUUACAAGAACAUCCAAGCCAAACAACAUUAACAAUGAAACAGUAAUAAUAAAACACAACUCCCGUCCAACUCCUUUGGCGGAGGUAAUGAUAAUAAUAACUAUUAUUGUAUUAUUAAUAGUAAUACAUUUAAAAUGUGUGUGUGUGUAACAUAAAUGAUACGUGUGUCCUAGAACAAUCUUCUGUGGGUUUUAAGGUGUGGGAGGUGAUGGAAUGCAGCUUCUUUGAUAUCUGUCCGUCAGUUGUACACAGUCGUGUCCCUUCCUUAGUGUUUGUAUGUCUGUGAGUGUCUGUGUGGUAUUUAGCCUAAUCAAACUGUUAAUAAGUGGAAUAUCUGAACUGUAGGGCUUCCUUUGCAAUAUGCAGCGCAGGUACUAUGAGAAGCAGCUCUCCAAACCUUUUGGGCUAACGUGGCACCGGUAACAUUUGUUCUGAGAUUUUUGACAAAAGCCUGUAGGUCAAGUACUGUUGUACUUCGUUGUACCCGUUUGGAGAAGUUAUAUCCAGCUUUUUUGAAAUUUUACAUAAUUGCUACUAGAUUUCUGAUCCCCGUGGAGUCAGCUGAAGUGAAGUCAAGUGACGAGCAUGUGAGACCUGGAGAGAUUCUGUAUUCUGAUUUCUCCUCGGCUUAAAAAAAAUAAAAAAAAAUAAAAAAAAAAUUGAAAAAGCGUGAGGUUAGUCCUCAGUAAAAGUAGCACAUUAUUUAACAUUUGAUUAGGCCCGUCUCCUUUGGUGUGCAUAUACGCCUAAACUGUAUGGUUCCUGUAUGUAGCUGUUGUUGCCGGGAUGGCAAUAUUGCUGCAUGCUAGUGCUAUAUUUGUCUCUACACAGCACGCGGAGGGUUAAUCUCAUGCCUUAACAGACAAUGCACUAAAUAGAAUAUGUAAGCAACUGCCGAGAUCUCUUUCCAACAGUACUGCCACAUGUAUGGCACACAGCUCACGAUGUUGGUGUUGUUGUCUGUUCAGUACCAAGUUAAACACUGCCAAACUGACAUCAUCACUUCUUUUAAAUCAAAAGGCAGAGACAUGAAUUGAAUUGUUUCCGUGUAAUGUGUGUAUUCGGUAAUCUAGCAUUCCUUCAUGGCACCUAAAUUUUUUUACAUAUUUUGUGUAAACACAUAUAUCAAAUGCACUAUUGACUGUAGCUAGAUGAGUACAACCAGCUUUGUGGUAUCAUUGGUCUAAAUAGUAGGUUAAGUAGCUCGAUGUUGGUUUUUUGAACUAUUUGAUUUCAGAACUACACUAUCAAUUGUUUCUCUAUCUUUUCUUUUUUUGGAAUAACAAAAAGUAGCCAAUCUCAACGUUAUCCGGAUGAGGGCUAAUAACUCGUCCAAUCGUCAGUUGACUUCUUGUAUCAUAAGGUGUUUGAUGGAUCGGGCUUGGAAGGGGGUGAACCUUCUCUCCAGUGUGUCAUUACCCUCCUCUCCUGUUGCAUCAGCAUCACACGCUCUUCACUGUCCAUAGUUAUAUAUUCCUUAUACUGCUUCAGCUACUCGUGGUAGUGCUUAAUUCUCUCUUUUCUCAGUGUUGCGGAAAAAGUUGGUUAAAAAUUGUUGAAAAGUCGCAACAUUAUCCAUAAAAAUAAGUCCUUAACUCAAUCGUGCUUCUUCUAGUUGUUAGUUUGAAAAAAAAAACUCUAGCAUUUAUGUUUGCAAAGUGUUCGCAUAUUUUCCAGAACAAAACAUAUUGAAAAGUAGAUAAUAGCCUUGAGCCUGCAGCUGUUUGUAUUGUGUUUCAAAUAUAUUACUGUUCAUGUUUUGUUUAUCUAGCGUAGAGACACAGGGUCUACAGUACAUCGUUGUCCUUCUUGCAGUAUGUUUAAUUCAUCGUUAUACUUCUUAAUUUCAGACUUCCUCCUGCUUUUUUUUUUAUGGUGAUCAUAGUGGUGUUGUUUAUACAUACAUAGCUUCACGCAACUGGAUAAAGGAUUGUCAGUUAUUGAGUCAUAUUUCACAGUGUACUAUAUAUAUAUGCUUAUAUGCUUUGCAUUGAGAUGAAAACAAGGAAACGGAAGAUAGUAAUGGUGAGGGUCAUGUUGAGUAAGAAACGGGGUCAUUUUAUUUUGAUAAGCAUGCGUCUGUCUUCCUGUUUUUGUCUUUCAGUCCGUCUCCACACAUUUUUAAGUCAGAUCUUUUUAUUUAAGCUUGAAUAAAGUCACAAAGUUAAGAGUAGAAUACAGAAAACGCAUGAAAACAUCCAGAUAAUACGUAACUGCAUUUUUCUUUUGGGCCUUCUACAGUACACAUAAGAGUGAAAUAGAUAACUUCUUACAAAUAUACUAUAUAUAUUUAAGUAUCACCAAUACAUUUUCAGAUAGUUUGAUAAAGACAUAAUUGCAGCUAGAUUAUACAGUACCUUGUGGGAUCAAGGGGAUAUGCCUAUCAAGUGCCUAUCAGUACAUACAGCAACUAUACAGAAUAUUCAUAGUUUUUCUCUCCUACAUGCACAGAUACAGUAUAUACACAAUGGUCUAUAAAAAAAUACUAUUUAUACUAUUACUGCUAAGACCUGGUGGUUGUGAGUACAUCCUAAGAGAACCCUUUAAAAUACCUGAAAUGCUCUAUUCAUAUACAGUAAAAGCUACAUCUGCAAGUUUUAUUUUUAUCAUACAUUUAUACCGCCUGGAGGAUUCAAAGAUAUAAAAUGCGAUCACAACUUUUUAAAAUGAAAUAUACAGAUAGGUUUAGUGGCAAUGACGUUUAUGUCAUUUCAGUAUUGAAUGACCUUUUUUCACGUUGCUCUCUCUCUCAUUGCUGUUUGGCAUUUUACACAUGCCAUUUUUUAGUUUCAGUUUUUUUUGCCAUUUGCAAACAAGCCAUAUUCUGUACUGUAUGUUUGUGGUUAAAAGGGCAGUGACACUUUGUGAACAGCAGAGGGAGCCACACGUCAACUGGAAGAGGUGAAGUUAACGCUGUCUGCCGCAAUGAACAAAAAUCCAUGUAAGUUUAAUAUUUGGAUUUUAAUAUUGUGUUGUCAGUAAAUAUUGCCAUUCUUCAGAUUAUAGUAUAUAUCUACACGCUUGGCAGUAGUUACCUCCACUGGCAUUUGUGUCCUUUGACCCUGAACACUGUUGCACGUGAUAGUGUCAAUGCCCAAUUUCCCAACAACGAUCAUUAAAGUUUUAUCUUAUCCGACAGCCUUGUUGUUUACGUGCAGCUUGAAAUUGUAAAGGGCAAGCAAAGAGCAGCGUGAAAAAAAAAAGAAACUGGUCAUUAAGAUAUUUAGAGCCACUUGUAGGCUAAAUGAUAUUUCCAAAUGAAGUGUUUUGGCAACAGAGAAAGAACAUGAACGCAGCAUUAAGAUUUCUUCAAGAGGUUGGUUUAACAAUAUGGAAACAAAUCUAACAGAAAAUAUAGUGGAAUGUAAAAAUCAUACAUCAAGUUUCAGGAGUGAGUGGCUGAGAGAUAAAAGGUGUUGGGACGGCUUAUUAUUCUGUCCCCUGUGGACUAAUUAGUUUUCUCUGUAACCUUCUCCAGCCUAGUUACUGUGCCAAAAUUAGGAGGGAAAGAAAAAGACACUUUUUAAGUUGUACUGCUUUUGUUAAAUUGGAUGUGAGAACAAAAGCAGAGAAACGAAAAUUGAAAAUCGUUUUAUAUUUCAAAGAAAUCAGUAAAAAAAAACUUUGUAAUCAUACCAAAAAGCAAGUGAUUGCCUUUAUUUUGAAUCUUUAAAUCCUCCAUAAUGCAUAGUUUUCAAGUAAAUAGGAGAAAACAGCUAUGAUUAACAAAUGCACAUUGUGAAGGCAUAGUUUCAUUUACAUGUUAUGUUCAAAUGAAGCAUUAAUAAUAAUAAUAUAGGUAAUGUGGUAUAGCUAGUCCCUGUCAUCCAGACGUCACACUGUGACGCACACAAACAGCAUCUGUUCAGAUUUUUACCGUCAAACAUCCAGAUUCUGUCUUCAUUUUUAAGCUUUACACGCAAAACGGUGAAGCAGCUGUUCAGAUUUUAAAGUACGACACAGCGAAACUAAGCUAUAACAACAUCUACAUUAUAUUCACUAUGACGCUUUCUCCGAAACAUGCAGUUAUCACACUACCCUGAUGAGGUUUUUAAGAGAUAUCAUCAUCAGGUAACCACCAUCCAUCAGUCCAAAUGAAGCAUGCAGUCCUGUCUACACAGCUUCUUUUUCCUGUAGGGGAGAACUUUGUUUUUGAUGGAGCACAAGCUAUAUUUUGGGUGUCCCUCGAUAAAAGGCUUUCUUUAUCUUAUUAUUCUUUCACAAUGAUGAGGAGACUGAGGCACGGUUUAGCCUCAGAAGACUAAACAUGGAGCCUCUUUGUGCUCUCAGUGUCUUUAGUCUUUUCUUUAUUUUUGGGGGGUUUAGUCCAGCUCGAUCAGACGAUUCGUUUUAAAGUGCGUUAACUAAAAACAUGCAUUCCUGUUCAAGUCCAGAGCAUUCCAACUCCUAGUCUGGCAUUCAUUUUCCACACUUAUCUAACAUUAAGGAGGGAUUUCCAACUCCUAAUGUUUUUUACACAUCUGUUGAGUAUUUGGUCACGUAGUAGCAAACAUUGCCCAUUACAUCAAAGUUUAGCAUAAUGUAUAUUUUUCCCUCAAGUUGUUUAAUCUAUUCUCGCUGUAAAUUCAAAUUUUGCCCACAAAUCCCAUACGCUUUGAGCACAGCUGAUGCCUGUGUUGGCCGUUUCUAUAGACAACAUGCACUAUGCUAUCACUCUGUUCCUCUAUGUAGGUCUCUCCUUCGUAGUGCAGAGACAUAAAAUACAAAAAAUAAAAAUAAAAAAGAUGUUGGUCACCGUCUCAGCCAGCACGUAGUCUGUCAUAACGGACGUUCAUACUUAGAUUUAAACCUUUAGCACGGUAAUGUACCUAAAGGAGGCUGGAGGUUUGUAAAGUGGGGCCAUGCUAAUCAUUAGAAGUCAAAUGAAAAGAAAAAAAAAAACUGUACUAGACAAUGUUUGUUUUCAUAAACCAAAGAAGGAUUAAGAGAAUUUUAAGUUUGAUGGAGAAAAUAACAUUUCUUUUCUGUGUGUGUGUCCUAAGCGAUUGGGUUAGUUUGCUACGGUUGUUGUUGUUUUUUUGUCUUUGUUUUUCUUCUCAUUGCUGAGUUGCUUGUGAAAAUGCAUCUUUGUUUUUUUUGUCACUUGAUCAGUUGUUUAUAGUUUUGUGGUUGUGUUCAUUUGCCUAUUGUAGACCAAAAUAGAUUUUUUUUUUUUAUAUAUAAGAAAUGCAACAAAACAUAAAAAUGAAUCUGACACAGUAGCUGUGAUGUAAACUAUUGCAUGUUCUAAACAUGUGUAGGAUUGUAAGCGUUGCAUCGUUCCUCUGACAAAACAUACUAAUCAUUGGUUAUGUCUUCUAUACACACAUUUAGCAAACCAGUGUAGACCUGUUCACCUUCACAUUGGAUUUUAUCUAAAUAGUUUUUGUGAUAGCAGUUUUUCUUCAAGUAUUUGGCACCGUCUAAUAGUUCAAGGCUGUCCCUAAAAUACUAAUCUGACAUUGUGACUUUGAGUACUUUUAGCCAUUUAUACUUGAGAUGGACCAAGUUGUUAAGUUUGCACAUAUUUGUAGGUUGUUUAUGAAGCCAAAAAAAAAGAAAGGAAAGAGAAUAAUGACACCUUCAGUCUCAGCAAUUCAAGUCUAAUCUAGCUGAGGUGUUCAUGAUCUCUAAGCAAAUAUUCAAUGAAAAAAAAAAAAAAAAAAAAAGCAUCAGAGCCAGCCAUCACUACAUGAUGACAAAUAAAUUAAAAACCAAACUGUCUCACGCAUUUUAAUAUCACAACGUGGUCCAAAUAUUUAUGAUAGUGAUUACAUAUAUUUUUGUAAGGAGAACACAUCACCUGCAAGCGGAAUGUAAACCAUUUGGCUAAAUCUGACAAUAUUUUAUUACUGUAAGGUCUAAUUCAAGGUGAAUCUGCUGUAUAUUUUUCAUCUUGUGUGUUCAAAAUAGGAAACUUAAUUACUGUAAUUCGGGCGAUGUUUUUGUACGAAGACAGAACUUCUCAAACAUUGGCAUUAAUCAAUCAGAAAUGAAAUGCGCCCUAAUAAAAGCAGCUUAGGUUUUUUUUUCCUUCAUCUGGCUUUCAGGCUUUUUUGCUGCCAUAUCUUGUAUGUAGAUGCUUUUUGUAAACAUGCACUUGUGUUGAACUAUGAGAUGUGCUUAUAAAUAUGUGUAUAUUUUGUUAGGCUUUCUUUUGCCUAAGUUAGCUUGAUAUUUUAUUAUUUCCCUAAAAAACAAAUACUUCUCCUGUAUAGUUAUGAACUUGGCAGAAGUGGAGCUGUUGUAGUAAAAAGGUAGUUAACAUCACAACUAAGCAACCCUGAAAUAUAUGCUGCAGUAAUGUGUUUUCAGUUUGUUUUUUUGAUAAUUUAUGCUCCAAGUUGGUUUGUAUUUUAUUAUUAUUGUUAUGAAACAAGCUUGUUUGAAAUUGUAUUGACUGCUGUUUUGAAAAGAGGGGAUAAAGUUUGUUUGUUUUUUAAAUGUAUGUGCAAAGGACGUUUUUAUAAUAUGAUUUGUCAAACACUGGACUGGGGUGAAUUUUCCAACAUUUCCAAGUUGAGAGAUGUAUUUGACAGACAUAACUGCACAGACGACACCCGUUAGCACAGAUGUGAGCUGACAGAGAAGCACUUCCUCCCCAGCUGUACGAGGCGGGGUGACUUAACAUGGCCGCCAUCCUCCCGUUCAAAAUAGGAGUCAUUCGGAUGUAAGAAGUUAUGACAUUUCCUUAGUGCUGGUUAAUUGCAUUCAUUGGGUGAUGGGUUAUAGAUAAUAGGAAAUAUUUAUUAGGGUUUGUCCUUCCAAAUUGCUGCACGGCAUCUACUGGUGACAGUUUUUUUUUUUUGUUUUUUUGUUUCCUUCUGAAAAAGAAAGAGCGCUCUCUUAAAUAUUCAGAAAAAUUGUAAAGGGAUUCCACUUGACAGCUAUGGAGAGAUCAGGAUCACCUGGUAUGUUCUUGCUGUGGUAGAGCAGAAACGUAUGUUGAGUCUCAUUAACCCAAAACGCCACUUCUCAAACCAGAAAAGAGAUUUGCACUAGACUUAUUUUGGUCUUCUUCUAUCUAAAGCAAUAUAAAUCACUCAACACAUUUUUGAACCAUAGUUGUCGCCCAUGCUGAGUAAAUGAUGAUAUUUGACGAGUUUUGAUUUGUUUUUUGUAUUCAAAGGUACAGAAAUCGGUCGCUUUUUUAAAAAUGCACAUCCACAUGUUGUUGGUAGAAGAGUUUUACUUCUCCCCGAGUAUUCUAGUGUCCAGAUUUGAGGGGCAUUAAAACUUGUUGUUUCCUCCUGUGAUUGUUUUGGACAAAUCAAGCAGCUUUGAAAGUCAGAGUAUGAGGGAAGGAAUCAUUUUUCCACAAGUCAAAUGUCGAUUGUUUUCAUCACAUUUGAAGAUAAACACAAAUACCAAAAGUUAAAUCCAGCUCUCCACUGUCAUGCACACCUCUCCCUUAAAAAACACUUGUCUUCUCUGCAUAUUUCGUCACUUUGAGUGCUUUUUACCUGGGAUGUUACAAAAAAAAAAAUGCUUUAAAGUGAAAUAAUACUUAUCAGACGGAAGAAUAAAAAAUCCAAAUGCACCUUUUUGUCGUACAAACACAGCAUCAUUGGCUACGUGUGUAGAGAAUCUGUGUCCACCAAAAUGUAUCAUACGUCAUCCUUUUUCCAACGAGGUCAUUCACAACAGCGGCAAUUAUCGACCUUAACGUCAUUAUUUUUGUUAAUGGAUAAGUGUAAAUUUUUGAAUAAUUCACAAACAGCAAAACUUCACCAUUUUAUCUGGAUGUAGUAGCUUUUCCUGUUUUUCACCGCUUUGUGGUGUUGUUGAAAGAUGUUGCGGUUUGUCUAAAUAUGUUGCGUGUUAGAGGAAGCAUAAGUAUGUGCCUUCUUGUAAUCUCCUUGGUGAGCUUGUUAUUAUUGAGAAGCUGAAGCCAGCCAAUUGUGUUUGCACUAAAACCAAAUUGCUUUUGUGAUGUAGACUAUUUAAGCAAGCUUGUUGCGUCACUUUAACCGUACAGUAUGCAUGAGGGUGAAAUUGGUAAGUCUAGGGCUAGAGCUCUCAUCUGUUGACCUGUAAACCAGUGCAGCUUAGAGGAUCUUGUGAAUAUAUCUUGGCUUAGUUUUGCAUUCAGUUUUUCAACUCCAUCUCCUUACUCAUCAAGUUUGUCACAGUUUCUACAGUUUAAAAAAAUAAAAUAAAAUUAAAAAAACAGCAAAUAACACAUACCAUGAAUACAAUACAGCUUUUACUUUUCACAUGCCACAGUUAGAGAGUUACACAACUGCAGUAGAGAUAUUCAUUUCUCUGAAUCCAUGGGAACGCAUGAGUAUACGAGGUCGCCUCAAGACUAUUGGUCAAAUUAAUUUAGGUUGUUUUUUGAAAAACUUGUAUUUAUUACAUAUUUUGUUGACAUCUAAGAAAGGCCUACAUGCUUUGAGUCUUACAAAUGCACCUUAUUCAUGUCAGUCCAUGUGGGGGAGAAAAAAAGGCUGGCAAUGUAAUAUCUCUGAUUUAGCACCUUACUACACAGCAUGUUUUCACUUUAUGCCAGUUUAGCUAUUCUUCCAUAUUUAUGAUUUCAAAAAUAAAUCUCAGACUUUGUGAAAUUGUUUCAUGGGACGUGCCAAAGUUUGGAGGCGAUCUCCCAAGUGUUUAUGCUUAUCAUUUUAUUUUCCUCCUCCUUCAGUUAUAGCAAUGGUAUGUCAAAAACUUUCCUAUAACAGUGUGUGGAAUCAAUUUAUCUCAGCAAACAGUAUCAUUACUUGCCAUUUUACAAUAAGCCCUGUAUUUCACAUAUAUUUACCAGUGAUGUGUAUUUGUUAUUAUAAAGAAAAUAGCCGUAAAAGCUUCAUUAUGUUACAUAAUAUUGUGACUUUUUUCGAAAAACUGUGAAGACUUAUCUUGCAUAUACUUUAUACAGAAGUAUUAAGCCUUAAUACAAAAGACUAAAAAAAGUGUGGAAGAAUAAACUGAUUGUUGCUAAGUAAGGAUGAUUUUUGUAAAUGUUACCAGCACUUUUUUUGUAAUUUUCACUCUCUGAGGUAUUGUACAAGUUCAAGCUGUUUGUGAAGUUUGAUUAUGAAGGAAUAAAAACUAGUACUUUCCUGUACUUCACAGAAA